GCGCUGCCGGUCACGUGGAAGCACCAUGAAAAACAUUCCGAGAUCGCAAGCCGUUUUUAUGCGUUUGUAGAGGAACAAGCAUUGAUAAAAAACGAUGCCUAUCAAGAACUUUCCCAAGCUGAGCGUUGUAUCGAUGAGGGAACUUCUGCAAAAGCCAAAUUUCCCUGCGAAUUCAGCAGUUGGCGUCAUAGUUAGCCCAAGUUGAAAGGUCACCUGUGAAGUGUUGUAUCUUCUUGGCGCUCUCAGCGCUCCGGAUUUUAUUAUCCCCAGAAUUUUAUUUCAGAUUCUAGGCAAGGGUAACCGUAUACGUCCUGGGAAGGUUCGUGCCCUUCGUGCCCUUCACUCGAUCACACAUCAAAGCAAAAUCUUAAUGCUGGACGUGCACGCUUACAAGUCAAGGACACGCGAGAGCAAGAAGGCUUCUACAUGCGCAAUAAGCAAUCGUAUGUGUUUUAGAGACUAUCCUAUAAGACCUUACCACAUAUAACAAAGAUAACUGAAGAUGGACAGGAAAGAAGGGCUUCGUGAGUUUGAUGACGUCUUUCACCAUAUAAGGUCAUUCAGCCUUUACCAGCGAUUAGUGUACUUUGGCAGCUACUGUAUCAUUAUUCCCAUUAUGCUCCAGUUCAUGCUCCUGGUUUUCGCCAUGGGCACCCCGCAGUUUCACUGUGACGUCACUAAUACCACGUGCCCUCCUAACACGUGUUGUGAAAACUGUACGUCGUAUUCUUUUGACGGACCUUUCACAAGCACCGUCUCUGAGUGGAAUCUUAUAUGUGACCGCGCGCCCCUGGGAGCCACUAUCCAGUCCUGUUUUUUUGGUGGAAUGCUUUUCGCAUGCCUUCUCACAGGUCCGCUUUCGGACACAUUUGGAAGAAAGAAGGUCAUCUUUUGCUGCUACGGUAUCAUGGGUGCUGCUAGUUUAAGUGCGUCCUUUGUUGAUUCCGUUCCCUUAUUCGCGUUCCUCCAGCUCUGUGUCGGCUUCGGCCAAAUGGGAACCACCCUUGCGCUCUUCGUGUAUGGCAUCGAGUUGGUGGGUCCCACAUGGCGAACGUUGGCAGGGAACAUCAAUAACUACUAUUGGGAGCUUUCAGGCUUGCUAGGAAUCCUCCUUGCUUAUUAUAUCAGAGACUGGAGGACAAUGAUACGAGUUUGCAGCACGCCGAUAUUCCUGCUUUUUAUUUUUAUUAGGGUGUUUCCAGAGUCCUCGCGUUUCCUUGUCACUAAAGGACGUAUUGAAGACGCGUUGAAAGUGCUCAUAAAAUAUGGCCCGAAGCACAACAACAACGCUGUGGACGCUGGCAAAAUGACAGAGAUGCUGGAAGAAAUACGAAGAGACCAAAUCAUCCGAGAAAAGAACAAGAAAAAGCAUACACAUCUGGACUUAUUCAAGACGACGAAGAUGAGAAAAUGGACUUUUGUUAUGGGAUUUAGCUGGUUUGUAACAUCAAUGAUGGACUUUGCUAUUUUACUCUCGGUGACAAGUCUAUUUGGAAAUAUCUACAUCAAUAUGAUCAUAAUGCGGCUCGCCCCGAUUGUAACACUUACCAUCAGUUGGGGCUUGCUGAGAGUGAUCGGGAGACGUAUUACCAACUUCAUUUUGAGACUUCUUGCAGGGGCGGCGUGUCUACUAACACUAGUUAUCCCAAACGAAUAUGCGAUUAUCAAAUCGAUUGCCUCUAUCAUCGGAUAUGCGUUUAACUACGCCUCAUGGACCGCCGUCUACCUUAUCACAACCGAACUAUUCCCGACUGUCCUGAGGAAUACCGCCCUUGGAGUCGGCUCAACUUGUGCCCGUGUUGGUGCGAUAAUAGCACCUUAUAUGGCUAUGAUGGGACAUCUUCCAGGUGUAGGCAUGUCCCUUCCCAUCACCAUAUUUGGAGUGCUGUCACUCAUCGCUGCCAUGGUAACGUACUGGAUCCCCGAGACAAUCUACUCGAAUAUGCACCAGACCAUAGAAGAAGCCGAGGACGCUAAAGAUUAUUACGGGAUGCCGUGCUGUCGCCAUGGAGACGACGAGCAAAUUCAUGUUCCCGGAUGUUACACCAAACAGGACGCUGACCUCGCAUUGAUGCAGCACGAGAGUACAGUUUAGAUAGAGGUAUAUCAAGAAAAUUUGUUUUGUGCGUGAUUUCCAUAACAAAAGAGCAGACUUUGACAAACUUUGAUGAUCCUUGAUUUUAUCCCUGAAAACAAAAACACCACCUUGACUCCAACAACCAACAGGGAACCGAAAUUUCUGGUCUGUGAAAUCAGCAAUCAUAAAAUGUAUUGGAAAGUGUUAGAUUUAAUCCAAACAAUCAUUCAACCCCCCUCUCCCUCUAAAGGUUGGAUGACCAUCUGCUUUUCUCAAACGCGAAAUGGAUUUUGGAUUCUGAGCGGUCACGAUUUCGGGUAUAAUUACAAUCAGCCCUAAAGCACCAGCGAACACAUCCAUUGCUGCUGGCUGCCCUUAAGGGCCUAUGGUACUAUCUCGUUGCUACGAAACUCCGUUCUACGAAAGGGAAAAGCGCUACAUUUGGUUAAAUAGACUAAAAUCGCCGAGCGUCUUCCAACUUGUUUCCGUGGCCAAGUGGUUAGCACCUUAAACUCGUAAGCAAGCGCUCCGGGUUCAAUCCCCAGUCGAGUCCUUUUUUUUAUUUUUAUUUUCUUCGAAACUCCAGUUUCGACAUUUUGUAGAAGAAAAUGCAAUUUUUAUAUGUUUUUCGAGAAUAAAAAAAGAUGGCGAAAAAAAAACAAGAUGGCGGCAAUUUCCGCGCGAGAAAAAAACGUUAAUUUUGAACAUUUUACAACCACUGUAAAAAAAUUUUCAUUCAAACCAUUGAUAUUACCAUUCCUAACAACUUAGCACAUGGGAUUUUUGAUUUUUGAAAAAAUAAAAAAGUUAUUACCAAAUAUGUGGUUUUCGAAGAACAUAAACAUUCGCCAUUUCUCGCGGUAUCAAAAUUUCGCAAAUCCGAUGCGUGAAGUUUAAGAAAAUAGUGAUGUUAAAAUAUUUCUGCAAAAAAAAAAUAUGGUAGAUUUGAACAGUAGCUUCUCCGACAUGUUUUUAUGUUCUGGGUUACGUGACCAUGGGAGGGGUCAGAUGACGUCAUCACUUGUGUCAUUUAUGUCUAAAACACUUAUGUUAAAAGUUCCAAGAGAUUUGACAAAAAAACAGAAACUUUUAUAAAACAAAUUUCCCUAGCAACGGACUCAAAAGAUAGUACCAUAAGGGGAGGGGGGGGGGGGGGGAUAAAGCAAAGGACAUAAUGUUGGUGAACUGAUACACAACAUCAUCACGACACGUUCAAACAUAUCGGCAGUCAGGCAGUCAUGCUAGUUUAAAAAUGUUGGUGCUUUUGCACCUAGCAUAAGAACUCAUUCUUUGAAAGAACUUAAAUAUAAAGAGCUUAAAUAUAAGACUGUCAAUAACACAACUAAGAUCACCAUAUAUUUUUAUAUCUACAAAUUCUAUCAAUUCUAUACUUUACGAUUAUUUGCACGUUCUGUCUACUUUCCUGAAACUAAAAACCCUUAGAUCAGAAUGGAUACAGUACAUUCGACAUAUUGCCUUUCUUGGUAUAUCCCAACAACCGUACUCCAACAAGGGCUUUUAUAACAAGAGAUUACUGUGUAUAAAUCCAUGAAUGAUUCACCAAGUAUGAAUAAAUGUGAAUAAAUUUGC